AUGCAUAUCUACCGCCGCCAGGCCCGCAACCUCGCCUGGUACGACCAGGAUGGCGAGCCAUCCUCGCACAACCCCUUUAAGAAAUUCCGCCGGCGCCCUCGCCGCUCAGCCUCCAUCCAACUGGAAUCGCAGGCUCCCCAUUCCCGGAGCAUGGGCGACCUUCGUCUCUCGGAUGACCAACGGCUCCGCGCAGAGUUGAAUGGUGGCCUCGAAGGGCCCACCUACGCAGGCACAUUCCCACCCGAAUCAGCCGGCAGCUACGAGCCAGCAGGUUCCAACCUCAGCCAGGAGCCUAUCAACGACACGGCAGAUCUGUCCACGGCACGCGGGCUAGACCUCGAAGCCGAGAUUGAGGGUAAUGCCGACGCGAACGGGACUCAGACGCGUCAGCGCAAGGGAUUCUUUGGCAAGUUCGGGCAUAAGAAGGAUGAAGAAGUGUUGUCCCCCGAACCAGAUGAUGAGAAACCGACCGAGAGCCCCAAAUUCACGGUAGCAAGCCAGAUCCGCGCGACAAUCUUCAAUUCCUGGAUCAACGUGCUCAUCCUCGCUGCGCCGGCGGGUAUCGCACUUCACGCGGCGAAUGCGAAUUCCAUCGCUAUCUUCGUGGUCAACUUUAUCGCGAUUAUUCCGCUCGCCGCGAUGCUGAGCUAUGCGACGGAGGAAAUCGCCUUGCGAACCGGCGAGACGAUUGGCGGAUUGUUGAAUGCCUCGUUUGGUAAUGCUGUUGAGUUGAUCGUUGCCAUCAUCGCUCUAGUCAAGGAUGAGGUUCUUAUUGUGCAGACCUCGUUGAUUGGCAGUAUGUUGUCGAACCUGUUGCUGGUUAUGGGCAUGUGUUUCUUCUUCGGCGGUGUGAACCGCGUUGAGCAGCAUUUCAAUGUUGUCGUUGCGCAGACGGCGGCUAGUCUUUUGGCGCUAGCUGUGGCUAGUUUGAUCAUUCCUACUGCGUUCCACAAGUGGUCGAAUGCGAAUACGGAGAACACGGCUCCUCUAUCGCGCGGCACUUCCGUCCUCCUCCUCGUCGUCUACGGCUGCUACCUCUUCUUCCAACUCAAAUCCCACACAGAAAUGUACAACGAGCCCUCCAAGAAGGUCGAAAAGCGCUCCAAAAAGAGCGGCGAUGCCAACCGCGGCAUCGCGCAAAUCGGCAAAAUGACCGCCCGCACCAUGGGCGGCUCCAACGCCCAAGAAGUCAAUAUCCAGAACGACGACGACGAGCCCGAGCAACCCCAGUUGUCCAUCUACGUCGCCAUGCUGACGCUGGGCGUUUCGACUGCGUUGGUGGCUGUUUGCGCCGAGUUCAUGGUUGACUCGAUUAGUGCGCUGACUGCGACGGGUGGUAUUAGUGAGACCUUUGUUGGGUUGAUUCUUCUGCCUAUUGUUGGUAAUGCGGCGGAGCAUGCUACGGCUGUUACGGUUGCUUGUAAGGAUAAGAUGGAUUUGGCGAUUGGUGUUGCGGUGGGCUCGAGUAUGCAGAUUGCGUUGCUUGUGUUGCCGUUCAUUGUGGUUUUGGGUUGGAUCAUGGGUAAAGAUGAUAUGACUCUCAACUUUGACAGUUUCGAGGUUAUCUUGCUCUUUGUGUCUGUUCUUCUGGUCAAUUACCUCAUUGGAGAUGGCAAAUCUCACUGGCUUGAGGGCGUCCUCCUCAUGAUGAUGUAUCUGAUUAUCGCUCUCGCUGCUUGGUUCUUCUAA